AUGGAUCAUGAUGGUUCUCGCCUUGUUAUCCCCAACGACUGUAUCAUGGAAUGCAAAAAUUCGAUGCACGCUCGAUUCCUUUCAAUGAGAGCGCUAGCAAAUACGAAUGAUUUUACGAUACAUUUUAAGGAUGCCGACACGAGCAAAUCAACGCGCGAUCACCUCUUCCAGAUUGCAUCAAUUUUCUCGGCUUCAAACACCAAACGUCCGGCGACGGAUCACAGACGUAUCGAUCUCCAAUCGUUAUAUGGUGGCAUAGGAGGCCAUGUUUUCGACGCGAGUACAACCCUUGCGGGAGGCAAUAACGAUGGAGAUCAAGCCUUGCCCAAGGACACAUCAGCACCCCCUCCAAUUGAUUAUGAGCCUACUCGCGAAUCCAAACCUCUUCGUAAACGCCUCAUAGAGCAUCUUCUCGAUAUGGAGAACCGUCUGCGAAACGAUAUGAAAGUGAUGACUGAGUCUUCGGAAAAACGCUUGAGAAAUGGCAUGAAAGAUAUGAUCGAGUCUUCGGAAAAUCGUUUGAGAGCCAAUGUGAAAAAUAUGAUUGAAUCUACUGAAAACCGUUUAAGAAGCCAUGUGAAGGAUGUAGUCGAAGCUAGCGAAAGCCGUCUAAAAGAGGAACUGAACGAUAUGCUAGACUCUAGGGCAGAUGAUAUAGAUCGCAGAAUCGAUGGGUCUGUGGAUGAUUUAAGAACGGAAUGUAUCGGGACCAUUGAAUCGGAAUUCGGAUACCUCAAAUACGGCAUUGAGGAGGUGACGAAUGGCUUAGAUGAAGCCGAAGAGAAAAUGAAGGGGGUGUUGAGCCUGUUGGAUGAGGCCGGUGAUGGUAUAGAAAGACGAGUAGGGCGAUAUCUGAAUAGCAUUCGCUUGCAAGUGACUGUCGAAGAUGAAUGA